AUGUUUGCUGCUGCUACUAAGAGCUUUGUCAAACAAGUUGGAGAUGGAGGGAGAUUAGUUCCUGUUCCAAGCCUAAGCGAGGCUGACAAAUACCAGCCUCUUAGUCUUGUGGUGAAAAAGAAGCGAUGCUUUCUGUUUCCACGAUACAAAUUUACCUCAACACCUUUUACACUGAAAGAUAUUCUUAUAGGAGACAGAGAAAUUUCAGCUGGCAUUUCAUCUUAUCAACUACUGAAUUAUGAAGAUGAAUCAGAUGUUUCUCUCUAUGGAAGGCGUGGCAACCAUAUUGUGAAUGAUGUUGGUAUUAAUGUUACUGGGUCAGAUUCCAUUGCAGUAAAAGCAUCAUUUGGUGUAGUAACCAAACAUGAAGUAGAAGUGUCAACAUUACUCAAGGAAAUUACUACACGAAAAAUUAAUUUUGACCACAGCCUGAUACGUCAAUCAAGAGGCAGCAGAAAGGCAGUGCUGUGUGUAGUCAUGGAAAGUAUUCGAACCACACGGCAGUGCUCGCUGUCUGUGCAUGCUGGGAUUCGUGGAGAAGCCAUGAGGUUUCAUUUUAUGGAUGAACAGAAUCCCAAGGGAAGGGACAAAGCUAUUGUCUUUCCAGCACAUACAACUAUAGCUUACAGUGUUUUUGAACUCUUCAUUUAUUUGGACGGUGGCUUUGACAUUUGUGUCACUUCAGUGUCAAAAGGAGGAUUUGAAAGGGAAGAAACAGCAACAUUUGCAUUCCUGUACAGAUUGAGAAAUAUACUUUUUGAAAGAAAUAGAAGGGUGAUGGAUGCCAUUUCUCGUUCACAACUUUACUUAGAUGAUCUUUUCUCCGACUAUUAUGACAAAUCUCUCAGCAUGACCGAUAUUUCACUCAAGGAAGGGACUCACAUCCGAGUCAAUUUACUUAAUCACAACAUUCCAAAAGGACCUUGCAUACUCUGUGGAAUGGGAAACUUGAAAAGAGAGACAGUGUAUGGGUGCUUUCAGUGCUCUGUGGAUGGACAAAAGUAUGUGAGACUUCAUGCAGUUCCUUGUUUUGAUGUUUGGCACAAAAGAAUGAAAUAA